ACUGCUGCCUUCGGAGCUACUGGCAAGCUCCCAAGCUGAAGCUGAGUACUUGUUGCAAGCGGCGCAAGGGAAGCUUGAGCCCUUGUUACCGCGAAGUUUACUGAAUAUCCCGAUUGUGCAACCUGAAAAACUUGGCGACUACGCGUGCGUUGACUCUUGCGUCCGCCUAUCCAGUGUUAUACAUUUUACCUCAUGGACAAUAAAGCGCUCUCACCAGCUUGUGCAGUACUGCUGAGCAACGUUGCUUUCUUCGCUUGCCAAAACACGAUUGUCAAGCCACUGCCCGGCAAUAACAGCGCCCCCGCGACCUCCUUGCCUGGUGACGGCGAGGAAGCACUUGGUUUCGCCGAACUACCCCCUCCUAAGGCCCCCCGCUUUGACAUCAGACAUGAUACCGUUCCCGGCAGUGGCCACAGCGCUCUUUCAGGCCGCAAGGACACAGCAGACGUGGGGGCCGAAGACACCAAUGUCCAGUCUCGCGGCUGGCGGCCUGGGGAAAUGUGGGAGCGGGAGCAGUUGCAGUUGAUGGUUCGAUACGUGGCCUCCUUAUCACCCAGCGACCCAAUUAAUACCCGUGGGGUGAUCGCGUUGUUGGGCUUGGCGGAGCUCCCUGACCCUAACAGGGCAAUAUUCAACAAAGUUAAGAGGAAGCUCUUUUCAGUCCGGCACCAACUCUCUAACGGUGCGGAUCCGCUGGCAGGCCGGGCCCAGCUUGCUGGCCGCAUGGCCCAUAGGACAUACCGCUGGCGGGACUGGUUGCGUGGAGCCUUCCUGCAACUCCCAAACCGCGAGGGUACCCUGCACGAUGUUGCUGCCAUCCUGGAGUCUGACCCCGACAUCUCCCCUAAGCUGGACAGGAGGCCGGACUCCGUCGCGGUGACAGUGCCCAGGUGGAGGGCUAACAUGUGGCGCUUCAUCUCAAAGGUGCCCGAGGUCGUCAAUACCGGUCGGAAACCGGGUCGUUUGGUCGUCUACCGUUACGAUGAGGAGGUCGCACGUCAGUUGCCGGGUGGCAGGGGUCCAAGGGUGCCCAAGAAGGGGCAGCAGGGGCUGCCGCACUUGGGCAAGGAGAGCAACUGAGGAGGAUGGGGUUGGAGGGCGGUCGGCGGCGCUGGGAGGCGACAGCUUCCAUCAAGGCUUGUACGUCCACAGCCGAACUCAAGGCAGGAAUCGGACAAGUUACAGAAAAAUUUAAAACCGAAGUGUUGCGUUUUGCUUGCCUUCCCACAUCUUGCCUAAUCCGCAGUCGUCCCUUCCGACCGACCAGUCCUUCCCGCUCCAUUGCACUCAUAGGUGUCGCGUGCAUCCCCCGCUCCAUUGCGACCAUGUUGCUGUCUGUACCGAAGGCAGCUGCAUGGGACGGCCCCCUCAGUCCUUGAACUCCGCUUAAUCGGAUGGAACGGCGUCACUCUUCCGCUUGCGCUAAGAAGCAGUGCUGGGGAGGGGCUGGGGGACAAUGUCGCCUGUAAGGUGGGGAAUAAUGGAGGUGUGGGAGGGCGUGCGAAUUGGGGAUUGGCCCAUGGGAUGCGUUGGUGUGCAAGGGCUGUGGAGCCCAGGGGACGGAUGAUGGGCGUCGGGUAAGAAGGGCAACGUGAUGCAGGUCAGGUACCUGGUUGCGCGGGUGCUGCACGGGUGAACUCUUCAUGGUCGGAGAAGCAUGGCUUGUGGACGGCUGGGGUAGGGGGCGAGGGCUCGCAAGGGGGCAUGUCCAGCCGGGAGCGAGCGGGCCUCAUUAGCGGUAUACGGUAAGCGGUGCUUGUAUUAGGGUGAGGUUUCCUGUCAUAGAGUUUAUCGCUUAUAAAGCACUUGGUAUGUAGGGCGUGCCAUGCAUUAUGACGUCUCGUCAUACCACGAUGAAGGGUGAAGCAGAUUAGUCUUGCUGCGUACGGGACUGAGCGGUUGACCUCCAGUUUACGAGUGCGCUAUUGACGCUGGAAAGCAGGCGUAUAAGGGAGGGGGUACGGUGUUUUGUGCGGGUUUGCAGCAGGGCUAGCACUAACUCCAUGGGUGAACAUGGAGGAACGGCAGCACUGAUGGUGGUUGGGCGCCUGGAGCUCCUCUUCACCGAGCCAGCCUCGUGUGCUCCUGCAGUGUCAUGUGAGCUACACGACAUAUAGCUACACAACAUGGCCUCUAGCGGUGCAUGCAAUGGAGAUAAUAGUUCAGCAUGGUUAUGCGGUACGUGCAGUGACGGCUCUUAAUGGAACGAUGUCCAGCGUGAGGUUUCUCGUUCCAUAAAACAGCGAGGAUGGACCCAUG